UAUUUCAGUAAUGCAAAAAAAAUAGACGAAGGGUUAAGGGUUUUUAAAAAAUCAAUUUUCCUAAUAAGAAAAAUGUAUUCAUAGCAACCGGAUGAAUACUUUCUGAAACUUUUCCAUUUUCUCUACAUUGGUUUCUUUUCCUGUCUAAUAAACCAGUAUGCCUCUCAAAGGAAUUCCAAAGAUAAUAUCACCAGAUUUGCUCUAUGUGCUUGCAUCAAUGGGCCAUGGAGAUGAACUAAUAUUAGCUGAUGCUCAUUUUCCAACAUCAUCGAUAUGUAGAUUUGGACCAAAAGAAAUUAGGGCUGAUGGUAUCCCCAUUCCAAAACUGCUAGAGGCUGUACUGACACUGAUGCCCUUGGACACGUAUGUCUCACAUCCUGUUUGUUUGAUGGACAAAGUUCCAGAAGAUAAAGCCAAAGGUUUACAGACACCAAUAUGGACAGAGUACCAAGUUAUAAUUGAUAAUAAGGAGAAUACACAGAUAAAUAUUGAGAAGUUGGAACGGUUUAAAUUUUACGAGAGGGCAAAAAGAGCUUUUGCAGUAGUACAUACUGGGGAGACUGCCCAGUAUGGAAAUAUCAUAUUGAAGAAGGGAGUGGCCUUGUAGUAGUGAAAUGUUCUUGCACUGUAACAUUCUAUGGGAUUUACAUUUUUCCUUUUAUAUAUUUACGUACAUUUUCAUUAUAAUUGUAUUUUUGCUUGUGAACACGAUAGAGGCAACAUUUUGCAAUCAACUUUUAUCAAACUUGCACACAACUUGUAUUGGCAUAAUAUCUCGGUUCCUUUCAAAAACUGGCCAGAUCCCAUCAUGGGUUCCAGAGUUAUGGCCCCUUGUAGCCAUAUAGAGACUUCAUUUAUGGUUUGAUUUGAUACAAACUUGCAAAAUGUCAACAACAAUAAAUCUUGGAUUCCAUGAUGAAUCAUAGGUUCUGGAGUUAUUUUAUAUCUGAUUACCUCCCCUGAUUUUAAUCAAAAUGGAUUUAUAUCAGGAAGUACUUGUAGGACUCAUUUAAAAUUUCAUUAUUGUUAUUAGUUGGACUGAGACAAUCAGGGUAGUAACUAUGGACUGUUUUUAUGUCAAAUUACCUCCCUUUGUUUCAAAUUAAAAUGGGUGUAUCUCAGUAAUCAAUGAAGAUACUGAUUUGAAAUGCCAUUUAUGCCAUCAGAUGGACUCGAACAAUCAGGGUAGAUAACUUUUGACUGAAUUUAUGACAAAUUACCUCCCUUUAUUUUAUGUAAAUGAAUAUACCUCAGCAGUAUCAAAUGAGAUUGGUUUUAAAUGUUAUUCCAGGGUAAGAAAUAGUCAUGCUAGUACAAAAUGCAGCAUUUGAGCCUAUGACCCUCAGACUUGUUAUGGAGAUUGGCCCUGACUAGUACGUGAGUCAUAGGUCAAAAGGGACUGUUACAAGAAAAUAUCUAUCCUGAUGAUAUUUAAUGUGUAUGCCUAUGUGAUCUAUGUCAAAACUUGAUCUUAUCAUUAAGAGCAAUGGUACUCAGGUGAGCUAUACAGGGCCAUCAUGGCCCUCUUGUUUGUUUUUAUAUCAAUAUUUAAUCAAGAUGCUAACAACUUGCUCUUAAGAUUUGUGAGAAAUGAGAACAUUUACAAAUUAUCCUUUAUUUCUUUUAUUAUAGAUACUAUUUUUAUUAUGCCCCCGAAGGGAGGCAUAUUAGUUUUCAACUGUCCGUUCGUUAGUUAGUUCGUUAGUCACAACGUUAACUUUUUGCAUGAAGGCACUUUACUCGUGAACCACUGCACCCAGGACCUUCAAACUUCACAUGCUGAUAGUACUUAUUGAGUAUACCACCCCUACUGACUUUUGGGGUCACCAGGUCAAAGGUUAAGGUCACAGGGGUCAACGUUAACUUUUUGCAUGAAGGCACUUUACUCAAGAACCAUUGCACCAAGGACCUUCAAACUUCACUUGCUGAUAGUACUUAUUGAGUACACCACCCUUAAUGACUUUGGGGUCACCAGGUCAAAGGUCAAGGUCACAGGGGCCAACGUUAACUUUUUGCAUGAAGGCACUUUACUCGCGAAACAACUGCAUCCAGGACCUUCAAACUUCACAUGGUGAUAGUACUUAUUACGUACACCACCCGUACUGACUUUGGGGUCACCAGGUCAAAGGUCAAGGUCAAAGGGCCAACGUUAACUUUUUGCAUGAAGGCACUUUACUCGCAAACCACUGCACUCAGGACCUUCAAACUUCACAUGGUAAUAGUACUUAUUGAGUACACUACCCCUACUGACUUUGGGGUCACCAGGUCAAAGUCACAGGGGUCAACGUUAACUUUUUGCAUGAAGGCACUUACCUCGCGAAUCACUGCACCCAGGACCUUCAAACUUCACAUGCUGAUAGUACUUAUUUAGUACACCACUCCUACUGACUUUGGGGUCACCAGGUCAAAGGUCAAGGUCACAGGGGCCAACAUUAACUUUUUGCAUGAAGGCACUUUACAUGUGAACCACUUCACCCAGGACCUUCAAACUUCACAUGCUAAUAGUACUUAUUGAGUACACCAACCCUACUGACUUUGGGGUCACCAGGUCAAAGGUCAAGGUGCUGCGGGGGGCAUUUGUCACCAUUAGUGACAGCUCUUGUUUAAUCAGUAUUGAAAAUGCCAUUUUCCAUUAGUAUAUCGAAUGUGUAGUAGGUGUUUUGUUUUUACUGGGUGUUUUCGUUUAAAACUAGUUAUGUCUUUAUUAGAUAUAUAUCUGUUUAGGGACUAUUUUGGGAAAUCAUUAUAUUUUGAAAUAAAUUUUAAUUUAUAAGUAA